GUAUCGCAAUAUUUGCAGGUCCGUUUGGAAAGUAUCGGAGCGGAGGACAUAGUGGACGGGAAUCCAAGGUUGAUACUUGGCCUGAUCUGGACCAUUAUCCUGAGAUUCCAAAUCCAGGAGAUCGAGAUCGACGUGGACGAGGAGAACGAUAGCAGCGAGAAGAAGUCAGCCAAAGAUGCGCUGCUGCUCUGGUGUCAGAGGAAAACUAACGGUUAUCCUGGCGUUAACAUCCAGGAUUUCACCGUAUCGUGGAGAAGUGGUCUUGGUUUCAAUGCCCUUAUCCAUGCUCACAGACCAGACCUGGUCAAUUGGUCAGAGCUGCAGCAAAAUAAAAAUAUCGACAAUCUUAAUUAUGCGUUCGACGUGGCCAACUCGGAACUUGGAAUCCCGCGAUUGUUGGACGCGGAGGAUGUUGAUACAGCGAGGCCCGACGAGAAAUCCAUCAUCACGUACGUCGCUUCUUAUUACCACACCUUCGCCAGGAUGAAGAACGAGAUCAAGAGCGGUAAAAGAAUCGCGAAUAUCGUGGGGCAAAUGAUGGACGCUGACAAGAUGAAGAUUCACUACGAAAAACUCACGACAGACUUGUUGGAAUGGAUCAAGAUGAAGAUAGGAGUACUAGAGAACAGGAACUUCCCCAACUCUUUGGAGGGUAUUCAGAGAGAAUUGUUAGCAUUCAAGCAAUACAGAACGGUGGAGAAACCGCCGAAGUACAAAGAACGGUCAGAAAUAGAGGCUCUGUACUUUCACAUAAACACCCAAUUGAAAUCGUUGAAUCAGCCUGCCUUUACGCCUCAAGAGGGUCAAUUGAUACACGACAUCGAAAGAAAUUGGGUAGAGCUGGAACGGGCUGAGCAUCGUCGAGAAGUCGCUCUUAGGACCGAGCUUCUCAGGCAGGAAAGAUUAGAACAGUUGAACUAUAAAUUCGAAAGGAAGAGUGUUCUGAGGGAGGGUUACUUGAAGGAAAUGAUCCAAGUGUUGACGGAUCCUAGAUACGGUAGCAAUUUGGCCCAGGUAGAUGCCACAGUGAAGAAACACGAAGCGAUUAGCGCGGAUAUUUUAGCUCGCGAGGAACGGUUUCACGAUUUGACGAACAUGUCGGAGGAAUUAGUAAGGGAAAAUUACCACGGGUUAGAGAGGGUGCAAAUAAGAGAACAGGAGGUUCUCCAAAGGUGGAAGGAGCUCUUAGCUCUCCUAGAUCAUCAUAAAUCCAAUUUAGUUGCCUUAAGCUCUCUCAUGAGCCUCAUGCGAGAGAUCGACACAACCUUGGCCUCCAUACAAGAACUGCAACUGAAUUUCCAAAGUACGGACGUAGGGCCGCAUCUGUUGGGAGUCGAAGACCUGUUGCAGAAGCACAGCUUGCAAGAAUUGCAAGUGACUGCUCUUGGAGAAACGCAGAGGAGGCUGGGUAGACAAGCGGCUCAGCAUUUGGCUCAACCUCAGAGCAAGGAGGUACCUCUGUUGCAGCAAAAGCUGGAGAUGUUGAAUCGAGCUUACGACGACCUAGUGGAGUACAGUAAGGAGCGCAAAGCUCGUUUAGAAGAUGCCAGGAAUUUCUUCCAUUUCCUUCAAGAUCACGAAGACGAGGAGUCCUGGUUGAUUGAGAAACAACGCAUUUGCAAAGCUGGGAUAUCAGCUAAGGACUUGCGUGCUGUAAUUUCGUUGCAACAGAAGCACAAGGCUCUUCAGGACGAGAUGAAAGUACGGAGGCCCAAAUCCGAACAGUUGUGUGACGCCGGAAGGAAGCUCAUAGCUGACAAUCAUCCCUCGUCUUUGGAAAUUCAAAAUCGCAUUGACUCGUUGCAAGAACACUGGAAGGUCUUGGAAGAGUUGGCUGCCCUCAGAAAGAAACAGUUGGACGACGCAGCGGAGGCCUUUCAAUUUUACGCGGACGCGAACGAGGCAGAUUCCUGGAUGAACGAGAAGAUGACUCUCGUGGCUUCUGAAGACUACGGAGUCGACGAACCCAGCGCUCAAGCGCUUUUACAAAGACACAAGGACUUAGAAGGGGAAUUGAACGCCUAUAAAGGCGACGUGCAGUCGCUGAACAUGCAGGCUGAGAAGCUUAUUAAGUCUGGGAUUUCCACUCUCGAGUUGUCCGCUGAUCCAGAACCCGUUGCGGAAUUGGAACAAGAAGAAUGGAGCAAAGAGAUUAGAUUAGUUCCUCAGGACGAGUGGGUGGACGAAGUGGUGGAAAGAUUAGAACCACGAACGAUUCUUGAAGACAGAUUGGUACCCCAAGUGAAGAGCUUGUAUCCAUUCAGCGGUCAGGGUAUGCAAAUGGUAAAGGGUGAGGUGAUGUUUUUAUUAAACAAGACGAAUCCUGACUGGUGGAGCGUCCGGAAAGCAGAUGGCACCGAUGGAUUCGUGCCGGCGAACUACGUCCGUGAAUUAGAGCCCAAGGUGAUACAGGUUCAGGUUAGAAGACCAGAGAAAGUUAGGGUUACACAAAGAGUGAAGAAAACGAAGAUGGUCAAGCAAUUGGUCCCGGUCAGAAGAGUGAAGUCUAUAAAAUCAACGGUGAAACCAGUUAAAAGAAAGGCUGUAUCCGAUGGAGAUAGCGUUGAGAAAAGGCUGAAGAAGAUCAAUGAAACUUACAGCGAGCUCCAGGAAUUGGCGUUGAAACGACAUGCUUUGUUAGAGGAUGCUAUAAGACUUUACGGCUUCUAUCGCGAAUGCGAUGAUUUUGAAAAGUGGAUCAAGGAUAAAGAAAAGAUGCUAAGAGCUGACGACACGCGAGAUAACGUAGAGACUGCCAGAAGAAAGUACGAGAAGUUCCUGACGGAUCUCUCGGCGUCAGGAAAACGAGUAGAGGCCAUAGAUGCCGCGGUCGAUGAGUUCGUCAGACAAGGGCAUAGCCAGUUGGAUAAAGUCAAGGCCAGACAGAGGCACAUCCAUCAGCUUUGGGACCACUUGAACAGGUUAAAGGCUCAGAAGGAAAAAAGUUUGGAAGGAGCUUCUAGCGUGGAGUUGUUUAACAGAACUUGCGACGAGGCUCACGACUGGAUGUUAGAAAAAAUUACUCAGUUGGACACGGCAGAACUUGGACCAGACCUGAAAACAGUCCAGGCUCUGCAAAGGAGACACCAACACCUGGAGAGGGAGCUGGCGCCGGUCGAAGAGAAAGUACGAAAGGUCAACUUGCUAGCGAACAGCGUGAAGAGCUCUUACCCGCAUGAAUUGAACAACGUGAACGCCAGGCAAAACGAAAUCAAAGAACUCUGGAAUAAAGUCCAAACGAAGGCUAAGGAACGCAGAUCCAGAUUGGAAGAUGCGGUGGGUCAACAAAUCUUCAUGAACAGUUCGAAGAAUUUGAUUAACUGGGCUACGGAUAUGCAAGAGACGAUGAAGGCCGAGGAACCUGUUAGAGACGUUGCCACAGCUGAACAACUCAGAAAGCAGCACAUGGAACUUGGAGAAGAUAUACGAACACGCGAGGACGAAUUUCGCGAGGUCGAGGAACUUGGAAAUCAAUUGUUACAUCGUAAUCCAACCCUGGUGGAUGUUAGUGAACGCUUGGAUAAAUUGCACGGCUUGUACCAGGCUGUAACGUCAGAUUGGAUGGCGAAGGAAGCCUGGCUGCAACAAUGUUUGGAGCUGCAGCAGUUUAAUCGCGAAGCUGAUCAAAUUGAAGCUACUACCAGCUCUCAUGAGGCGUUCCUAGAAUUUACUGAUCUAGGGGAGUCCUUGGAUGACGUUGAAGCCUUACUGAAACAGCACGAAAAGUUUGAGAACACUCUCCACGCGCAGGACGACAGACUGAAAGCGUUCAGCGAUACCGCGGACAAGUUGAUCGCUCAAAAUCACUAUGAGAAAGACUACAUUAAUGACAGAAGGAAUCAAGUCUUGGCUCGAAGGAACCAAGUGAAAGAUGCUGCUCAGCGUCGUCGUGCAGCUUUGAAAGCUUCGGAACAUUAUCAGCAAUUUUCUGCGGAAGUUGAUGACCUGCGAGACUGGCUGGGCGACAAAAUGAAGACGGCGUCCGAUGAGAGUUAUCGAGAUUUAAACAACCUUGAACGGAAAUUACAGAAGCACGAAGCAUUUGAAAGAGAAUUGAGAGCUAACGAGGGACAAUUGAGAGCGGUGAACAAAGCUGGAAAAGCUUUGAUAUCUGAGGAGAACUACAGAUCGGAAGACGUGGGGAAAACAUUGAAAGAGUUGAAUGACCAGUGGGAUCAACUGGUGGCUUUGUCUUUGGAAAAGGGUCGCAGAUUAAGGCAAGCUGCUUCUCAACACGGUUACAAUAGAACGAUGGAGGAUGCCAGAUUGAAACUAGAGGAAAUAGAGAACUGCUUGCAAAGUAAACAAGUGGGAACGGAUCUUAGAAGCUGCAAGGAGUUGUUGAAGAAACAUCAAACGCUCGAGAGUGACAUGUGUCAAUGGGAACAGAAAGUAGAUGAUCUAGUUGCUAUGGGUGAAGAAAUGGCUCAUGAAGGGCACUUCGAUGCUGUGAAUAUAUUGAAAACCAGUCAAGCCACGCAAAGAAAGUUCCGUAGCUUGAAAGAACCAGCUAAGAAAAGACGAGAAGCACUGGAAGAGAGUUUACGAUUCCACAAGUUUGGUUUUGAAUUAGAUGCUGAGUUACAAUGGAUAAAGGAUCAUCUUCCUCAAGCAUCGUCGACAACACUCGGACAAAAUCUGCAUCAGGCUCAAACACUGCACAAGAAACACAAGAAGUUGGAAGCAGAAAUCGCUGGCCAUCAGCCAAUGAUAGACAAAACCGCAGCUUCGGGGCAAGCUUUGAUUGAUCAAGCACAUCCAGAGAAGAAGAAGAUACGAGAACUAUGCGAUGUCCUCGACGAAGCUUGGAAAGACUUGCAAGAGAAGGCCGGAGAGCGAAGCAAAGCUCUGGACUUAUCCCUAAAAGCGCAGGAAUUCUUCUUCGAAGCAGGGGAAGUUGAAAGCUGGUUAAAUGAAAAGAACGACGUCCUCAGUUCAACCGAUUAUGGCAGAGAUCGCGAUGCCGCUACAAAAUUAUUAACGAAGCACAAGGCGGUUGAGCUAGAACUAGACACUUACAAUGGCAUUGUAACAGAGAUGGGUCAUACUGCUGCCGCAAUGAUUAAUGCAAAACAUCCCGAUAGCAAAGCAAUAGCAAAUAAGCAACAAGCUAUUGCUCAACAGAUGAGAGCAUUGCAGAGACUAGCCACAGUGAGACAACAACGCUUGAUGGAAAGCAUGUAUCGCCACGAGUAUUUCUUAGAGAGCAGAGAAUUAGAACAGUGGAUCAAGGAACAGGAACAGGCGGCAGCAUCUGAAGACUACGGCCAAGAUUACGAACAUUUACUGAUCUUGCAGGCUAAGUUCAACGACUUUAAACACAGGAUAGAGGCAGGCUCUGAAAGAUUCAACCAGUGCGAGGAGUUGGCCAGGAAAUUAAUUGCUAAUGAGAGUCCAUACAUUCAGGAUAUUGAGAAACGACAGGAACAACUUCGGGAAUCCUGGCAACAUCUUCUUGGUCUCAUUCGAAACCGUGAGCAGAGAUUACAAGCUGCCGGGGAGAUCCAUAGAUUCCAUCGAGAUGUGGCCGAAGCAUUAUCUCGCAUACAAGAGAAAGAGGCAGCUUUACCAGAGGACCUAGGGCGCGAUCUAAACUCCGUGCUUGCAUUAAUCAGGCGUCACGAGGGUUUCGAGAACGACCUGGUCGCCUUGGAGGCGCAACUUCAAGUUUUGGUCGAAGACGCGUCCAGGCUGCAAGCACACUAUCCAGGAAAUAAUGCGGUACACAUUGAUCAACAACAAAAGAUUGUCAUCGCUCAGUGGGAAGAGUUGAAGGAGAGAUCUGCUCACAGAAGAGAUCAGUUGCAAGCGAGUUGCGAUCUGCAGCGAUUUUUAACCCAAGUCAGGGACUUGAUGAAUUGGGCAGCUGGACUUCGUGCCGCGAUGUCGACCGAAGACAAGGUGAGGGACGCAGCAAGCGCGCAGAUCUUAAAGGCAGAGCACGAGGCUCUGAAAGGGGAGAUCGAAGCAAGAGAAGAUAGCUUCAGCUCGGUUCUCGACUUGGGCGAGGCUAUGGUUCAGACUGGCCACUACGCUGCUUUGGAGGUCGAGGAAAAAUGCAAUCAGCUGUUGGACGAGAGGCAAAAAUUACACACCGCUUGGCAACACAAGAAAGUACAUCUGGACCAGCUGAUAGACUUGCACUUCUUCCUGCGAGAUGCUAAACAACUGGACAACCUGUCAACUACCCAAGAAGCUGCGCUAAGCGGCGACAACUUUGGCGAUUCCGUCGAAGAGGUGGACGCCCAAGUGAAGAAGCACAACGAAUUUGAAAAGCUACUGGUCACGCAGGAAGAGAAACUGACUGCUCUGCAAGAGCACGGUGACAAGCUUCUAGCUCAGAAUCACUUUGAUUCGCCUACGGUUGCCAAACGGUUGAGCGAAGUUGUACAAAGACGUGCAAGAAUUCGAAACCUUUGCGAGGCACGGCGAGAAAGAUUAGAAGCUGGUUUACUACACGCUCAGUUUGUCAGGGACGUCGCGGAGGCUGAGUCCUGGAUCGGCGAGAAGCAAAAGAAACUCGAGGCAGAGGCGUCGAAAGGUGAGGUGUCCAGUUUGGAGGACAAGAUCAAAAAACUGCAGAAACACCAGGCGUUCCAAGCCGAAUUGGCAGCAAAUCAGAGUAGAAUCGAAGAAAUCAAGACCAAAGGAGAGAGAUUGCUUCAACAGAAGCACCCAGCGAGCGCUGAAAUUCGACAACAGCUGGAACAUCUUACUGCUUCUUGGAGAAGAUUGUUACUAGAGUCUGGGAACCGUGGCAGAGGUUUAGAGGAGGCUCAGGAUAUCCUCGAAUUUAACAACCAAGUGGAGAAGAUCGAGGCCUGGAUAAGAGACAAAGAGAUGAUGGUCCAAGCUGGAGACACUGGAAAGGACUAUGAACACUGUUUAAGCCUUCAAAGAAAGCUCGACGACGUAGACAGUGAUAUGAGGGUGGACGAUUCCAGAAUAAAGAGCAUCAACGCUCUGGCCGAUAAGUUGAUUAAACAAGGCAGGGACAACGAAUCGAAAGCUAUACAACAACGUCGUGACAACUUCAACAACAAGUGGAAAGGCUUGCAAGGAGCAUUGAGCGCUUACAGGGAAACUCUAGCUGGAGCGUUAGAGAUUCAUUUGUUCAACAGGGAUAUAGAUGACACCAGUCAAAGAGUUAUCGAGAAGUCAGUCGCCAUGAACACUACCGAUGUUGGCAAAGAUCUGCCUGCUGUCGAGCAUCUGCAGAGGAAGCAAGAGGCAAUGGAGCGAGACAUGACCGCCAUCGAAGGGAAAUUGAAAGAGCACAAAGCGGAAGCUAGAGAUUUAUCAUUAAAGUACCCGGACAAGGCUCCACAAAUAAAUGGAAUAUUAUCAGAAUUACAAUCGAACUGGGACGACUUGCAACGGUUUACUCAGCAUCGUCGCGAGGUCCUGAAUCAAGCUUAUACUCUGCACAAAUUCCAGGCCGAUUUACACGAGUUGGAACUUUGGGUAGCUGAUACGAUUAAACGUAUGGACGAGUCCGAGCCGCCGGCAACGAUAUCCGAGGCUGAAGCCCUGUUGGAACUCCAUCAAGAAAGGAAAGCUGAGAUCGAUGGAAGGCAGGAUACCUUCAAAGCGUUGAAGGAACACGGGCAGAAGCUUUUAGCUAUCAACGAAGAUGUGAAGGACAACUUGGAACGUCUGGAGGAGCUUCGGCAAGGAUUGGUCAACGCUUGGGAGGCCAGGAGGCAAAAAUUAACGCAAGCGCAUCAGUUGCAAUUGUUCAAGGAGCAAGCUAAUCAAGCAGACAGUUGGCUAGCAACGAAGGAAGCAUUCCUCAACAACGACGAUCUCGGGGAAUCUUUGUCCGGCGUGGAGACGUUGUUACGUAAACACGAGGAGUUUGAGAAAAUGCUUGUCUCUCAAUUAGGUCGUAUCGACGAGUUGGAGAAAUUCGCGAACGAAAUUUUGUCCAAGGAACAUGCGGACGCAAACGUUAUCAAGCAUCGACUGGCAUCUGUUUGCGCCAGAAGGGACAAACUGCAAAACAGCGCGAGAGCAAGAAGGAAGAAACUGUUGGAAAGCCAUCACCUGCAUCAGUUCCUUAGAAACAUAUACGAAGUCGAAGGCUGGCUCCAUCAGAAGCAACAGGUGGCCGGUGACGAGAACUACAGAGAUUCGUCCAACUUGCAGAGCAAGAUACAGAAGCACGCUGCAUUCGAAAGUGAAUUGAUGGCGAACAAGGGGAGAGUAGCUGCGGUAGUCGGUGAAGGUGAAUCAUUGAUCGAGGAGAGCCAUUACGCCUCGAAGAGCAUCCAAGAACGUUUGGACGAUUUGGAGGCAGAGUGGCGUUUGCUCCAAGAAACCAGCGAACUGAAGAAGAACAGAUUGAACGACGCUUACCAAGCUCUGCUGUUUGGACGGACUUUGGACGAAUUCGAGACGUGGAUGGACGAGGUAGAAACCCAAUUGCAAUCGGAGGAUCACGGAAAAGACUUGUCUAGCGUGGCCAACUUGUUGAAAAGACACACGAACUUGGAGAACGACGUUCUGGGCCACAACGAGGCCUGCGAGUCGAUCAAGGAAACAGCGGCCAGUUUUCAGAAAUCGAAUCACUUCAUGUGCGACGAGAUACAGGAGAGAGCAGCAGUCACGAUAAACAGAUACCACAGCCUGCAAGAACCGAUGCAGAUAAGAAGGGAUAAUUUGGAAGACGCCAAAUUGUUGCAUCAAUUUACGAGGGACGUUGAAGACGAGAUGCAUUGGUUGUCUGAGAAGGAACCACUGGCCGCGAGCAACGAUCUGGGAAGCUCUCUGACCACCGUGCAACGAUUGCAGAAGAAGCAUCACGCCUUGGAGGCGGAGUUAAUUUCCAGGGAACCUGUGGUCGCGUCUCUAGUCAGCAGAGCCACGGUUAUGGUGAGAAGCGGCCAUUUCGCUUCGGAGAAGAUUGAGAAAUUGUCGCAGGAGUUGCAGGACAAACUGUCGCAUCUCAGAGACCUGGCCAGCGUCAGGAAACUACGUCUGCUCGACGCUGUUGAGUCGCAAAUGUUCUACGCCGAAGCGGCAGAAGCCGAACAGUGGAUAAAGGAGAAACAUCCGCAGUUGACUGCUACCGAUUACGGAAAGGACGAAGAUUCCGUUCAGUCGUUGUUGAAGAAACUGGAGGAGAUAGAGCGGGACUUGAUCGGCUUCGAGAACACUAUCGGGAACUUGAAGAAACUCUCGCACGGAUUGAUCGACCGGCAUCACUUUGACAGUAAGAACAUCAUGCAGAAACAGUUGGAAAUCGAGCAGAAGUUCAAGGAGUUGCAAAGACUGAAGGAGUACCGUUUCCAGCGAUUGCGCGAGAGCGAGAAAUUGUUCAAGUUUGUCAGGAAAGCGGACGAGGUCAUCGAGUGGAUCGGAGAUCAGACAACCGUCGCUGCGUCGGAGGAUUAUGGCCGCGACGUGGAGCACGUGGAGCUUCUCAUUCAGAUAUUCGACAACUUCUUGGCUGCCUUGACGACCAGCGAAGGUCGGGUGUCAGCGGUGCUAGACGAAGGGCAGAAACUAAUAGAGGAGAAUAAUCCGGAGAAGGGUAAAAUAUUAAUGAAAAUCGAGGAGACCAAGCAACAGUGGGAAGAUCUGAAGGAGCUGGCGCACGCGCGGCAGGACGCAUUAGCUGGCGCGAAACAGGUGCACAUGUUCGACAGAACUGCGGAUGAAACUAUCUCUUGGAUCCAGGAGAAGGAAACUGCCCUCAGCUCUGACGGUUACGGCCAAGAUCUGGAAACGAUUCAAGCCUUGGUGAGAAAGCACCAAGGGUUUGAAACGGACCUGGGCGCUGUGAAAGAACAGGUUGAACAGCUAAUGGUCGAGGCGUCGAGGCUGAUCGAACUGUUCCCGGAUGCUCGUUCGCACAUAGAGGUGAAGCACCAGGAAGCUGAGGCAGCCUGGAACGAGCUACUGGAGAAAGCAGCUCAGAGAAGGAGCAAGCUGUCUCAGGCGGAGCAACUGCAGGCGUACCUGGGCGAGUACAGAGAUCUGAUGUCUUGGAUAAACGAAAUGGUGGCGAAAGUCACCGCCCCUGAAUUGGCCCGCGACGUUCCCGGCGCCGAGGCCUUGAUACUGAGGCACAACGAGUACAAGACAGAGAUUGAAACGCGCAACGAAGCCUUCGACAAGUUCUACAGAACCGGCCAGGAACUGAUAGAGGGUGGUCACUUCUUGGCAAAGGAAAUAGAGGAUAAGAUAUCUGUCCUGCAGCAUAGGCAACAAUUCCUAAAAGACACCUGGGAGCAGAGAAGACGUAUCUACGAGCAGAAUCUGGAUACACAGCUGUUCAAACGCGAGGCGGAGACAUUGGAGAACUGGAUAGUGAGCAGGGAGCCGAUGUUGAACGAUGGAAAAUUAGGGGAGAGUAUCCCGCAGGUGGAAGAGCUCAUAAGAAAGCACGAGGACUUCGAGAAGACCAUCGAGGCGCAGGAGGAGAGGUUCAACGCGCUCAGGCGUAUAACCAUGUUGGAGAAAGCGUUCCAGAGGCAGCAGGAAGUGGAAAUGGCCGCUAGACAGGCUGAAAAGGAAAGAAUAGAGCGUGCUCGCCUGGAGGAACGGAAACGCAAGGAGGUACAGAGGAUAACGGAGGAGAGGAAACGCGAGGAAGAGCGAAGAAGACUGCUGGAUAGUCCGCAUCGUACCAUGCACGACGAGGUCAACGGAACGACCGACGAACACGAGUGUAUCAACAAACUACCACCUUUGAAGACUGCUACUACGACUGACUCAGGCUUGGAUUCAACACCGAUGCAGAAACCCCAUGGGAUAUCCCACGUGUUUGGUGAAAAAUUGAAAAGAACGACGCCCGACAUUAAAAGGGCAGAGAGCAUGAAGGUGGACACGAAGAAACCGAAAAGAACGCCGAGCUUCACGACCAGGAGGAGAACUCAGAGCUUCAGGAAGCUUCAGAGGAUGGAGAACAUGGACGCCCUUCCACCGGUUGAGAUUCAGGGUCUGUUGGAGAGGAAACACGAACUUCAGAGCGCUGGCAAGAAGGCGGCGGUGCGUUCCUGGAAGCAAUAUUACACGGUAUUGUGCGGCCAGCUUCUGUGUUUCUUCAAGGACAUGGAGGAUUUCUCACUGAGCAAAGCAGCCACCGCUCCCAUCACCAUCUUCAACGCUAUAUGCGAGAAAGCGGAUGACUACACCAAGAAGAAGAACGUGUUCAGACUGAAAUGCACAGACGGGUCGGAGUUUCUGUUCCUGGCACCGAAUCAACAGGAAAUGGAGGACUGGGUGAACAAGAUAUCGUUCCACGCCAAGCUACCUCCGAGCAUGCAGUUGUUGAGCUACGACGAGUCGCAGAAGGAAAGCCUGGAGAGAUUGCAGAAUGUGCCUGGGGACCACGGCGACGACAACGCUUCAACCAGUAGCAGUCACGCGUCGACUCCCGAACUGGAACGAAAGAAUUCCGUGAUCAGACGCGACCUGUCGAACCAACACUCCGGGAGCAACGUGCAGAUCGAAUUCCUGCAAAUGCACAGGCAAAAUCAACAGAAACGCGACUCGCAGAACAACACCGAUUUCAUGGCUUCGCCUCAAACGCAAACGGAGUUUCUGCAGAUGCACAGACAGCAACAAUUAAUGGCGCAGCAGCAGCAGCAGCAGCUCAUACAACAAGAGCAACUGGCUAGUCAGAGGGAACAGUAUCAACCAAAUUCUGGAGACAAGCCGCCCAUUCCUCCGAGAGGAGCACCGCCUCCUAUUCCAAUGCGAUCACCUAGUUCAGAAGCCAUCCCGCAAUACAGACGCGAUGACAUGGAUCAGGUACAAACAAGAUCCACCUUUUACCAACAGCGUAGCGCAACUUUGAAUCACAAUGGUUCCAGUCAGUAUCCAUCCAAUACAACUUGGCAUAGGCAGAGCAGCGUGGAUCUUAGUACUCCGCACCAAGAGUUAGCACCUCCCUUGCCAUCAAGUGCCCCCCCACCAACCAGAAUAGCUCAGUGGAAUGUUCCUCAUGAUCCUGCUUAUGGGAAUGUCUCUGUUACUUAUGGAAGUGCAAGAUCCAGAGAGGGUAUGCAGCAGAAUAACUCAACCUUCACAGGUAGGCCAGUUUCUUUACCGCCGUCGUACGUGCCUCCUCCGGCAGUUCCACAAAACCUUCAAUCGUUGACGAACGUGGACGGUAGAAGAGCUAGCGAAAGUGGGUCAGAAAGUGAACACAGCGUUGGUAGUAAUCGCAAGGACCGCGAUUACAAACGAAGCUCUGUUUUAAGUAACCUGUUUGGCAGGCGCAAAAAACCUCAGUCGUAACCAUGUCGACGACGAUAUUUAUGCUUACGGAAUAUGUCAGUAACAAGCGUACAAGUUUUCAUGGAACAAAGACAAGAUUAAGCUCCUUCGAGUCAGAAAAGACACAUAUACAUGCUAUUUUUGUAGCAUGAUAGACAAAACGAUUCCUGUAAAUUAUAUAUAUUUUAUGUACUAUACAAAAAUAAAACUUUAUCGUUCACGUUAUUUAAUAACACGUUGAGUUGAUCAUGUAUAAAAAAAAAAAAAAAAAAAGAAAAAGCUAUAUAUACAGACCGCAGUAUAAACGAGAACGCUAUUGAUUCAAAUAGUUUAUGAAAUUGCAAUUUGAUUUAAUUUGAAGGCAAUGUAUCAGUGAAUUCUUACUGUCGAAAGUUAUACAUAACGAUGACUUCUGAGAAGUUCUGUGGCAUGUUCAACUCAAAUGUUACAGUCGAUAUAGAAUUUAUGAAAUAUACAUAUAUGGAGAACACUUGCAUUUCUUUUAUUAUUAUAGCUUUCACUUGUGCUGAAAUGUGCAAAUAUGCCUGAUGUGUCACAGGGAUU